CGGGUGUACUCGGCAGCCGUUCGGCCUCCCCCAUCCCCCGGUAACGGUCGCUGCUGAGUUUAAAUGAGCCGGGGCUGGGCCGGGCCGGAGCCGCUACGGGGGGGCCUGAGGCGCGACGGAGAGCGGGCCUGAGCCUUGAGAAUGACGGUGCUGCAGGAACCCGUCCAGGCUGCUAUAUGGCAAGCACUAAACCACUAUGCUUUCCGAGAUGCAGUUUUCCUUGCAGAAAGACUGUAUGCUGAAGUACACUCAGAAGAAGCAUUGUUUUUACUGGCAACCUGUUAUUAUCGCUCAGGAAAGGCAUAUAAAGCAUAUAGACUCUUGAAGGGACACAGUUGUACUACACCACAGUGUAAAUAUCUACUUGCAAAAUGUUGCGUCGACCUCAGCAAGCUUGCUGAGGGGGAACAGAUCUUAUCUGGUGGAGUUUUAAAUAAGCAGAAAAGCCAUGAUGAUAUUGUUACAGAGUUUGGUGAUUCAGCUUGCUUCACACUUUCAUUAUUGGGACAUGUAUAUUGCAAGACAGAUCGGCUUGCCAAAGGAUCAGAAUGUUACCAAAAGAGCCUUAGUUUAAAUCCUUUCCUCUGGUCCCCUUUUGAGUCAUUAUGUGAAAUAGGUGAAAAGCCAGAUCCUGAUCAAACAUUUAAAUUAACAUCAUUACAGAACUUUAGCAGCUGUCUGCCCAACACUUGCACAACCCUAGUAUCUAAUCACAAUUUAUAUCAUAGACAGCCUGAGACAGUUCUGAUGGAAACACCCCAGGAUACAAUUGAAUUAAACAGAUUGAAUUUAGAAUCCUCCAAUUCAAAGUACUCCUUGAACACAGAUUCCUCAGUGUCUUAUAUUGAUUCAGCUGUAAUUUCACCAGACACUGUCCCCCUUGGAACAGGAACUACCAUUCUGUCUAAACAGGCUCAAAAUAAACCAAAAACUGGGCGGAGUUUAUUAGGAGGACCAGCUGCUCUUAGCCCUUUAACUCCAAGUUUUGGGAUACUGCCACUAGAAACUCCAAGUCCUGGAGAUGGAUCAUAUCUACAAAACUACACUAACUCGUCUUCUGUAAUUGAUGUGCCAUCCACAGGAGCCCCCUCAAAGAAGUCUGUUGGCAGAAUCAGCCAAGCUGGAACAAAGUCUGUCUUCUCACAGAGUGGAAAUAGUCGAGAGGUAACUCCAAUCCUUGUUGCACAAACACAAAGUUCUGGCCCACAGACAAGUACAACACCUCAGGUAUUGAGCCCCACUAUUGCUGCUCCACCCAAUGCACUGCCUCGAAGAAGCUCACGACUUUUUACUAGUGACAGCUCUACAACCAAGGAGAAUAGUAAAAAGUUAAAAAUGAAGUUUCCACCUAAAAUUCCAAACAGAAAAACAAAAAGCAAGACUAAUAAAGGAGGAAUAACUCAACCAAACAUAAAUGAUAGUCUGGAAAUUACAAAAUUGGACUCUUCUAUCAUUUCAGAAGGAAAAAUAUCCACGGUAACACCACAGAUCCAAGCUUUCACUAUUCAGAAAGCAGCAGCAGAAGGUUUGAUGAGCCUUCUUCGUGAUAUGGGGAAAGGUUACUUAGCUUUGUGUUCCUAUAACUGCAAAGAAGCGAUAAACAUAUUGAGCCACCUCCCUUCUCACCACUAUAAUACUGGUUGGGUACUGUGCCAGAUUGGAAGAGCCUACUUUGAACUGUCAGAGUAUAUGCAGGCAGAACGAAUAUUCUCGGAGGUGAGACGGAUUGAAAACUACAGGGUGGAGGGCCUGGAGAUCUAUUCCACGACACUUUGGCAUCUUCAGAAAGAUGUUGCUCUUUCAGUUCUUUCCAAGGACUUAACUGACAUGGAUAAAAAUUCACCAGAGGCCUGGUGUGCUGCAGGAAACUGUUUCAGUUUGCAAAGAGAGCAUGAUAUUGCAAUUAAAUUCUUCCAGAGAGCUAUCCAAGUUGAUCCAAAUUAUGCUUAUGCCUAUACACUGCUGGGACAUGAAUUCGUGCUAACGGAAGAACUAGAUAAGGCAUUAGCCUGUUUUAGAAAUGCAAUCAGAGUCAAUCCUAGACAUUAUAAUGCAUGGUAUGGAUUGGGAAUGAUUUAUUACAAACAAGAAAAAUUCAGCCUUGCAGAAAUGCAUUUCCAGAAAGCACUCGAUAUCAACCCUCAGAGUUCAGUUCUUCUUUGUCAUAUUGGAGUUGUUCAGCAUGCAUUAAAGAAAUCUGAAAAGGCUUUGGAUACCUUAAACAAGGCCAUCAUUAUUGAUCCCAAGAACCCUCUAUGCAAAUUCCACAGAGCCUCAGUUUUAUUUGCAAAUGAAAAAUAUAAGUCUGCUUUACAGGAACUUGAAGAAUUGAAACAGAUUGUUCCCAAAGAGUCUCUCGUUUACUUCUUAAUAGGAAAGGUUUACAAGAAGCUAGGUCAGACUCAUCUGGCCCUGAUGAAUUUCUCCUGGGCAAUGGAUUUAGACCCUAAAGGAGCUAACAACCAGAUUAAAGAAGCAAUUGACAAGCGUUACCUUCCAGAUGAUGAGGAACCCAUAACUCAAGAAGAACAGAUCAGUGAGUGUUAUCCAUAUGAAUCAGUGGGAACAGAUGAAUCCCAAGAGAGCAGCAUGACAGACGCAGAUGACACACAACUUCAUGCAGCAGAAAGUGAUGAAUUUUAACUUCUGGAAGCCAGACAUUUGCACCUGGAUGUGUGACUAGUGCUGUUAUUUUUUCUUGUCCCUCCAUGUCCUGAGUCUUCACAUCUUGAGCCAGCAUUGUCAUUGUCCAUCACUUACACCAGGAGUGUGCCAUUUUCAUCGGACCCAGACUGUACACAGAAUGAAUGAAUGGCAGUGCAAUAUUCAUCUGCUACCAAGAUUGGCUCUUUCACCUAUAUGAACACGACAGUUUGUGGGGGAAAGACUUUUUUUUUCUUUCGUCUUUUUUUUGUUUUUUGUUUUUGUUUUUGUUUUUUUUCCUAAUUUUUUUUAAAGCCUCCCUUUGUUGGAAAGCUAUCAUGGAAGGAAGAGUUGUGUUUUGCCCUAAGGGAACUGUUAGCCAAGGGAAAUAGUGAUGAACCAGAAUUUUUUGGUCUUUCUCCAGAAACUUGUCUUAAUUUAGUUGUGUUCUUGGUAAGUGGAGUGACUGACCUUCAUUUCCAGGUUCUUCAAGGAUGGUGUUGGCAAGUGCUAGAUGGAACAAUAAAAGACAUUGCCUAUUACAGAGUAACUUGAAUGCCAAGGAAUGUAAAUUACCUUAAAGUUACAGUGUCUCCUAUAAACAAAUAUAAUGGACAUAAUCUGGACACCUUGUGUGUAAGAAUAAAAUGUCCCUCCAUACAGUGUAAACUUGCUCUUGGUAAGAGAAGAGUGUCCCAGAACAGCAGCUUUUACAAAAUGUUUUUCUGCCUAACCAAGAAUUUUCAAUUUAUUCACCUAAUUUCAAAGUGUCAAUCACUAUUGUUUUGGUAUUACAGACUAAAAAGUUGGUUGUCACCUCUUCUCUUAAACCCUGUGGGAUCACCUUUAACAUUCAAAGAUAGGGUAGUUGCCUAUUAAAAGAUCAAACAAGUCCCCUAACAGAAAAUAAAAUUCAUAAUAAUAAACAGUAUACAAACACUAAAUCAAUCUAUAAUAUAAAGGAUCAUGACAGUGGAAGCCUUAACAUAAUUAGAAUCUUUACCAUAAACUUGAAUCUAUAUUGUUCAAAACAGUAUCCUUUCAACUUUUAUUAAAGUGUUGUUUAAAGCAGGAUGCAAGAAUGUGCAAUUAAUUUUGGGUUGUGGUAGUAUCCAUUUUAAAGAUUCUCUGCUUCUAAUUCUUUUUCAAUGGCAUAGGUCACCAAAAUGUUGAUUUGGAAUAGGUUAGGUUUAGGCCUCUAGAAAAUUUUAGUUGAAACAUAAACCAGAUUGUAUGAAGGUGGCAGAAGUUCUCUCCUGUGUCAAAGUAAUGUACGGCAAUUUAGGUUGAUGGUGUCAUUGGGGAAUAGACAUAAGUUUAUGAUGAUAUUACAGGAUUUUAAAGAGCCAAUUAUGCACAAUAAAUUGGGAAUGAUUGAAAUUUCACAACAACCUAUUUAAUCCUUAAACAUGUGUUCCUCCUUUAUUUUAAUGUAUGUAAUUUUUAGGAGACCUUUAGUUAUUAACAUUUUUUUAUUUAGUGCCAUUGUCAUAAUAUAUAUCAAAUGACAGUUUCUUAACUACAGGAGUAGAUACAGUUUUGGGUCAUUUUGAUGAAGGAAAAACUUACCAACCAUUGACUUAUGCUUGCUAACCAAGCUGUGAAAAUUAGGUGGAUUAUAGGAGAUAUGAAAAUUUUUUAAUCUAUGGAUUUAUUAAUGUUAGAACAUGAGUAGACUUUUCAUUCACUAUUUGUCUGCUCUUUUAAACAUGCACUAAAUCCUGUUGCCAAUUAAUGCAAGUCAGAGUACUAGAUGAAGGUAUUUGGUGCCAGAGAGGUAUUUCAUCAAAUUUUUCUACUUGAUCCACAUAUAAGCAUAAGCUCCUUGAGAAAAUUGAUGAGGAAACCCAAAUUGAAUAAAAGGAGCACCGCUGAAAUUUCCCAAGGGCUGCUGCUUUGAUUUCUAGCAGAGUAUUGCAUUUUGUUAUCCACUUGUAGUUUUGUAGCAUUUAAAUUUAGUUUAGAUUUCUUCUUCUCCCCCACCCCAUCCUCGGUGCCCCCCACCCCCAAAUUGCCCAGCCUUAAACCAACUGUCUCAUCUAGCAUUUCAUAGAAAGUUUUCAACAGGGGUAUUGCUAUAUAACCCCAUUCUGUACUGUUUGGAGAAAGUGAAGUUAGUAACAUUAUUUUCUAAACUACAAUUGGUUACCUUUCUGUAUUGGAAGUUUACAUCCACUACACCAAAGGUAGAAAUCUUUCUGGUGCUAGUCCAUUGAAGAUGAGUGGAAAAUGGUAAUUGUCAAGGGCAAUUCCACAUGAUUGUGGAAGGAAAUCUAUCAAUUUUGUUGGGAUCAAUCUUAAUUUAUUUCUUCCUUAAGCCAGUUUUCAAAGUCAUUUCAUUCUAUGGAGCUUUUUCCCACCCAGCAACAGUUUCUAAUUCUUUCCCCUACCUUCUUCCCUUCUUCCUUCAAAUAAUAGGUAGAAUGGGGAGUUAGGGGAAAAAAAAACCCAAAGAAGAAACUCAUUUUUAUUGAACAAAAAGUUGUUUCAAACAACUAUAGUUCAUUUAGAAGAAAUUUUUAAAACUAAAUUACUAAGUAUACCUUGACAGUUUACUUUUUUUCUGUUUAUAUGUAUUUUUUAUUUUGUUCAGAAGUUACAAGUUGUUGCAUUGGAAUUCAGUUUUGAAAAAUUGCCUUGGAAAGGGUUCUUAACUCUGGAAUUUUAGAAGGAUAGGAAUUCUUCUUCUAAAGUGGAUGGUGGUACUCAAUAAUGAAAGAUGGUCCCUGCUUUCUCCAUAUUUCAUUACUUAAGAAAUUUUAUUUUUUUUCCGAGAGCUAAAAGUAACCUUUGAACCAUGCUGCUGUUAUACCUUAAACAAAAAACUCAGUGAUAACCAGUAUUUAGUCUAUUAAAAAACACUUUGAAGAAAAUAGUUUGGAGGUCUAUGAUCCAGAGCAUAGUAUGGGUAUUCACUGAGGAAUAAGGUGACUCAUUUUCUUAAUACAAAACAUGACAACACGGUGGGGUGGGAGGGGAGGAGGGAGGGAGGGAUGCAAGUGUGGGUGUGAUGUGUACUAUUUGCAUUGAAACAAUGUAAUUUUGUGUCUUUCCUUUUUGCUUUUCUUGACUUAUUUCAGAAAUUGUACAGUCUUUGGGGGGGAAAGUCUUUUCUGUUAAUAUAUUUGCAAUUCAUUAAAGGAUGUGAAAAAUCCAAAUAAAUUACUUUUAAAAACA